AUGGCCUCUUCACCGGCUCUGCCCGUUGCCCUCCUGGUCAUAUAUCUUACAAUAUCUCCGUCCUUAAUCUAUAUAGCCAUAAAGCAUGGCUUGAAGCAUGGAGCGGUCAUCGGCUGGUCAUUUCUCUUCAUCUUCUGUACUCUAAGAAUCGUCGCGAGCGCUAUUGAGAUACACGAUGCUCAUAGUUCAAGCGCUGCACUAGUUUCUAGUAUUGGACUGUCUCCUCUCCUUGCUGCUGCUUGUGGUAUUCUUCAUGAGUCGCGCGCUUAUAUCCUUCCGAAAUCACGACGACCCUUUGACGCUCCAUACCUCGUUUUCUUUCAUAUUCUUGUUACGACUGCAAUUGCUCUUGUGGCUGCCGGUGCCGCAAAAAGCAACAACGACACGCUGCCACCAGAUCAGAUUAAGCGAAGCCUUGCUCUCGUAAAAGGAGGCAUGAUUCUAUUACUCUUGGGUUGGCUUUCACUUGCAGUAGUUACUCUCACCACAUUUCGAGACUCCCUAGCCCGCGAGUCAAGAAAGCUAGCGGGGAGUGAGCCAGGGAAGAAACUACUUCUAGCUGUCGCGAUUGCUAUCCCUUUCCUGGGAAUUCGAGUACUAGAAAGAGUUGUUUAUUUCUUUACUCAGAGCCAGGAGUUAAACCCAGUAACGGGUAGCCUUGGUUUAAGAGUUGGUCUAGAAGUUAUAGAAGAGAUAAUCGUAACCUUACUCUUUGUUCUCACAGGCAUCAUGACACGAAAUAUUAAAGCAACGACCAUGGUGGACUAA